UUUUUCCCCUCCUUUCUCUGCUCUCUUAUUUUUUAUGCUGUCCUUAGCUCUUGCCCUCUGUCUUAUUAGAAAGUGUAAUACCUCUGUUAUAACACUGUCUCCUGCCUCCACACUCAUGGCUCCAGAGAAAACCAGUGACGGAUUGGACAACCACGCAUUUGCUGUUGAUGGUAUAGACCAUUUCUGUGAGUUACCAGAGAAUAAAAAUGGAAGUGAUCACUUUUCUGAGGAGGGAGACAGUAACAAACUAGCAUAUUGUGUCACUGAUAUUCCACCAUGGUACCUUUGCAUCUUUUUGGGGAUUCAGCACUAUCUUACUGCUUUUGGUGGCAUCAUAGCCAUUCCUCUGAUACUGUCCCAGGGCCUUUGUCUACAGCAUGACGGACUCACGCAAAGUCACCUUAUCAGCACUAUCUUCUUCGUGUCAGGGGUGUGCACCUUACUCCAGGUCACUUUUGGAGUGAGGUUACCCAUUCUCCAGGGCGGAACUUUUACACUCCUGUCGCCCACCAUGGCUUUGCUAUCAAUGCCUGAAUGGACCUGUCCAGCUUGGACGCAGAACGCAAGCCUAGUCAACACCUCCUCCCCUAAGUUCAUUCAUGUUUGGCAAAGUCGAAUGCAAGUGCUCCAAGGCUCGAUCAUGGUGGGCUCCCUAUUCCAAGUGCUGGUGGGAUUCUCUGGUCUAAUUGGCCUUUUCAUGCGUUUCAUUGGGCCUUUGACCAUUGCACCAACUAUUUCCCUAAUCGGAUUAUCACUAUUUGACUCUGCUGGGAUGAACGCAGGACACCACUGGGGCAUCUCUUCCAUGACGACGUGUUUGAUUGUGAUAUUCUCACAGUACCUCCGUCAUAUUGCCAUCCCCUUCCCCAAAUACAGCAAAGCCAAGAAGUUUCACACCACCAGGAUUUACAUAUUUCAGAUUCUGCCUGUCCUGCUAGGAAUCACUCUGUCAUGGUUGAUUUGCUACCUGCUGACGAUCUACAAUGUCCUGCCCUCAGACCCUGAUAAAUAUGGCUAUCUAGCUCGGACUGACAUUAAAGGAGAUGUUAUUGGCAGGGCGCCUUGGUUCAGAUUUCCUUAUCCAGGUCAAUGGGGAGUGCCGACUGUUAGUCUGGCAGGAGUUUUUGGAAUCCUGGCAGGGGUCAUAUCCUCCAUGAUUGAGUCUGUGGGUGAUUAUCAUGCCUGUGCCAGGUUAUCUGGUGCCCCACCACCACCAAGACACGCCAUCAACAGGGGCAUUGGCAUUGAAGGCAUCGGGUGUCUACUGGCAGGUGCCUGGGGAACAGGCAACGGAACCACCUCCUACAGUGAGAACAUAGGAGCAUUGGGUAUCACCAAGGUUGGUAGUCGCAUGGUGAUUGUGUGCAGUGGCUUUGUAAUGAUUAUAAUGGGAAUGUUUGGGAAAAUCGGAGCCAUAUUUACUACAAUACCAACACCUGUUAUCGGAGGAAUGUUUCUGGUCAUGUUCGGGGUCAUUAUGGCUGCUGGUGUAUCAAGCCUACAGUAUACAGACAUGAACUCUUCACGCAACAUCUUCAUCUUUGGAUUCUCGAUGUUCACUGGGCUUGUCAUUCCCAACUGGAUAAUGAAAAACCCAACAUCCAUUGCAACAGGAGUUGUUGAACUGGACCAUGUACUUCAAGUGCUUCUGACAACAAGUAUGUUUGUUGGAGGAUUCUUUGGAUUUCUCCUUGAUAAUACAAUACCUGGAACAAAACGUGAACGAGGCAUUAUUGCAUGGAAAAAGGCCCACCAAAAUGAGUCAGACAACACUUUAGAAAGUGAUGACGUGUACGGACUGCCCUUUGGAAUUAAUAGCUGCCUUUCCUCCUCCACAUGGACAAAAUAUGUGCCCUUCUGCCCAACACACAAAGUCAGCAGACAGGAUGACAUACCAUCCAGUUUGGAUUCUUUGGACACCAAAUCAGAAUCCAACAAAGGUGAUACACACAUCAUAGCGGGGGUGGCACUAUAGUCUGUGAUGAGGACUUCCAUCUUAAAUAAGUAACAAAUAAGUCACAUCUAGAGGUACGGACUGAACUGUGAAGGCAGCUACCUCCAUGCACAUAAUGGAACUUUUCAUCUGAAGCUCUACUGUGCAAAGAUCUGUCUUUUUUUCAUCUCUUUGAAUUAUCUGUAAACAAUGUUAACAUGAAUUAUUUUUUGUAUCUUUUCUUUUUCUAAAUAGUGCUCUAGGGGUGAUUUCAAAUAAGGAUGGGAAGUGCCUCAAUAGAAAGCAACUGUAAACAUUUAUUCAUAAUGUCUUGUUUCUUUUUUAUGCUUAUCAUUUUAAAUGAAAUUGAUUAUAUAUUGCUGACAAACUGUAUAUUGCACUUUGUACACAUAUUUUAUGUUUUAAAUAGAUUAUUUUUCUCUUCAUUUUACUUUAGAUGUCAUAUGUAAGGAAUAAUUGAUGACGGGCUGUUGAAUUAUUAGAAAAAUAAUGCAUAAAAUAUAUAUGGGUGUGUGUGUCUGUAACCCAUCAUCUCAACUUUUUAUAAAUAAAUGUCACCAUAUACUGCAUAUUUGGCAAAUUCGUUCUCAAUUUGGCAAAUCUACAGUAUUUUACACCCUGGAAGAGAGCAGAA